AUGAACGGCCACGAUUGGUUCUUAGUCUUUAUCGGAUUCUUCUGUACGUAUAACAAUACACAUUCCCCAAUCUCGGGUGUGUGUCUGUGUGUGUGUGUGUGGUAUCUGCUGCCCUCGUGGAUGGAGAGAAGGGGGCAGGGGGGCAGUAAAAUGUAGAGCUCCAACUAACAAACUGCAUGCCAGUCCCACCAAUCCCAGUUGCGGUUAAAAGAGGUGUUUGUUCAGCAGAUUUCUGGAUCAACAUCUUGCUUUGCCUUUUGGGUUUCUUCCCAGGCUUAUUGCAUUGCUACUAUAUCAUAUCAGUCUACCCUUAUGAUGAAGGGUACCAGCCUUUCGAUGAAAGCAGACCUGGCAGAAGCUACGGCGCUGCGGAAACUUCGAACUGA